AUGAGCGAUGACUUCUCUGAAACCCUGGCGGACUUCAGCUACAAAGUGUUCUACUAUGGCGACGAGCUUCCAGAUUUGUUUUGGGGCUUCCAGACCAGUGCCAGCCUUUCGGCGUUGGGAGAGAAGAAACGACCGAUCGCAGUUGGAGGAGUUUUACGGCGCAUCAUCAGUGGCAGCUUUUGCAGGCAGUACAAGCAAGGGAUUGCCGACAUCUUCGAAGCAUCAAACCAGUUUGGAGGAGGCGUUCCAGGAGGAGUAGAGAUAGUGGCUUCCACAGCAGCUCUAAGCCACCAACAAGGCAGCACUAUCCUAUCUUUCGAUGGGAGAAAUGCUUACAACAGCAUUCUCCGAUCGUCCAUCCUGACAGCAGUAGCCACCCACACGCCACACUUGGUGAAAUACUUCGGGAACCUCUACGCUCGAAUCAAGGCGAAACUUUUAUUCAAAAUGGAGGACGGUUCGAUCGAGAUGGUUCGUUCACAGCGUGAAGUGCAACAGGAUGCAAUCUGGGAGGGUUCGGUUUCUGUGUAGGGCUUCUUGACACGAUGAAGGAGUUCAACGACAAGCCACCAGUGCCAGGAGCCAAGCUCAUUGGAUACGUCGACGACCUCCAAGUGCAUCUUCCACCAGGUUUGGCUAGAAAUAUUCAGGCCAUCGCCACCGUAACCAACUGGAUCCAAGACCACCUGCUGCAAAAAGGCAUUGAGCUCAGCCUCCCGAAAUCGAAAGUCCUUUUCC